AUGGCGGCUCGCCGUCGAAUCGCCACGUCACCGAAGCUGCUCGCCGCGCUUGCCGUCGCGCUGCACCUCGUCGCUUUCGCCGCCGCCAUGUUUGCGCCGGACGGCAACGUGGUAUCGCUGGACGCGGAGAGCUUCACUACUCAAGUGCUCGCGCAACCCGCCGUCUGGCUUGUGGAGUUUCAUCAGGACAAGUGCGAGCCGUGCAUGCAGUUCGCGCCCGAGGUGGCCAAGGUCGCUGAUUCGCUCAAAGGGCUCGUCAAGGUGGGCGCUAUCAACUGCAACAAGGCACCGGACGUGUGCAUGCAGGCGCAGAUCAAGGAGCUGCCUGCAUUCAGGCUGUACCCAUGGGAGGUGAAAGCCAACCCGUACACGCACAAGCGCUACAAGGAUGCGCCUCAGGUGUUCAAUGGAGACAACACCGCUAAGGCGCUUGUCAACUUUGCCACUGCCGCCCUACCCCACGACCUGGUGGCCAACAUCUCCUCUGGCGCCUCUGCUGACGCCUUCCUCGCUGCCAACGCCACCCUCAACAAGGUGGUGCUCUUCUCCACCAAGCCCGCUGUCACGCCGCUCUUCAAGGCCCUCUCGCUGCAAUUCAGGAAGAGGCUGGUGUUUGCGCAGGCCAAGUCGACUGACGAGCCUCUGGUGGCCUCCUUUGGCGCCACCUCCUUCCCCGCGCUCUUCCUGCACAAGGCGGACGGCACCAGGCAGCUCUACGACGGUCCGCUCAAGCCCGAGCCAAUCGCCGCCUUCCUCGAGCAGUUCGCCGCCCCCCCCGAGCCCGCCGCUGACUCAGCGACAGCUGGCGACGCGGAGGCGGGCGGGGCGGGGGCGGCGGGGGAGGAGAGUCAGUCGCGGUGGGUGCGGCACAUGAGGGGCGCGAAUUUCAGCAGCCAGGUGCUGCAGCGCGAGGAGAUGUGGAUGGUUGCACUCACCUCCUCUGCCGAGGAGUGCAGGGAGGUGAAGGAGAAGUUUGAGAAGACAGCAGAGGAGCUCGUAGGCAUGAUUUUUGUGGGAGUGCUGGACAUGCAUACGGAUGAAGAUGCCAAGAGUCUCGCAACCAAGUACGGGGUGAAGGAGCCGUGUGGAGAGGCGCUGCUCUUUCCCUUGGGAGACGACAAGGAGGAGAACGAACCUGAGCGCAUGCCUCUAGCAUCCUCCCUCAAGGCCAUGACAGCAGCGGUGUAUGCCCUUGCGCCCGACUCCUUUGUGCGCCACAUCACCGCUGACUCACUCGAGGUCUUCGCUCAGACCAACCCGCUGCAGCCCAAGGUGUUUCUGUUCACGAAUAAGAGGGAGACACCUGGCAUGUACAAAGUGCUCUCCACCACCUUCCGCAAAGACGCUCUCUUCGCCCUCGUGCAUGAGAGUGAGAAGAAGGUCGUUGCGCGGUUCAAAGUUGCCAAGUUCCCCCACAUGUCGAUAAUGUUCCCAGCACCCAGUCCAGGGAGGGAGGGCGAGGUGCAGCUGACGGUGCGAGACUUCCCCGGCCCGCUCAAGUACCACACUGUGGCACCGCAGCUCAUGCAGUUGGUGGCAGCAGCGCGGCAGUUUGCGGCGCCAACAGCGGAGAUAGUUGCAUUGGGGGAGGGCAAGGAGGGGCAGGAGGAUGUCUUUCAGACGGAAUGCGUCGAUUCCAACCGUCUGUGUGUGAUUGGUCUAUUCAACACCGACGCCCCUCUCGACCAGCUCAAGCGGGUGGCAGCCAAGUGGCUGAGGGGCGGCCAGUUUGUCUUCAUGUGGCUGGACGCGGGCCGGCACAAGGCGUUGGCAUCUCGAGUGCUGCCACAGCUAGGCGUGAGCCAGCAGGACCUGCCGACAGCGGUGGUGGUCAGCCCGCGCAAGAUGCGCUGCGCCGUGCUGCCGGAGGCCUUUUCCCCGCCCAUCCUCGACGCGUUCCUGGACUCGCUGCUGGCAGGCCGCGUCCGCACCUUCCCUCUUGAUCGCCUGCCAUCGUUCCUGCCGGGCCCCUCAGUGGAGUCUUCCCCGGCAGCAGAGGCAGCAGAGGAGGCAGCAGAGCCAGAGCCGAUCGCAGAGGAGGAGUUUGAUCUGGCGGACAUCAUGAGCGAGCAGGUGGAGGAUGCCGACGCUGUGGCCUCCAAGGAAGACAAGAUUCUGCAGGCGGACAAGGAGGCAGAGGAGGAAGCUGCCAGGAAGGCAGCAGAGGCGGAGGCAGCAAAGAAGGCAUCUAAGAAGAAAAAGAAGAAGAGCAAGACCAAGAAAAGCAAAGCCGUGGACUCAGACGUCAGAGAUGAGCUGUAG